AAGCAGCAGGAACGGCGGGGACAGGUCGGUCGACCGGCGAGUAAACAUGGGACCGUUAGGUGUCGUAUAAAGGCCUGUUGCCGGCCGCCGCCGGCAGUCCGCGCCCCGCCGCCAUGCGUCCUCUCGUGCUUGUACUCGCCCUCGCCGCGCUACUCGCGCCCGCGCACUCCGCCUCCAUCGCCACAGCGGAGAAAAAACUAGGAGAUCCCAUCAAAGACGUCCUCGACACAGAAGCGCAAAAGGCCCCCGAGGAACCCAUCGACCAAGCGAACACGAUUAAGGACAUCGACAACGAGCUCUUAAAGAAAGCCGAACCGAUACCCGUCAAAGUCGUUGUCGAGGAUGUCGCACCUGUAGUGAAGGACAGUGAAGAUACCGUCAAGAGGGUCGAAAUAGACCUGAAGCACCCCGGCGAGCCCCAGCGACAGGAACACGAGACCCAGAAUCCGGAGCAUUUCGAGGAUGAUUCGGCUCCCGUCGCCACCAUCAAACAGAUGAUCAAAGACUCCCAGGACGCCUUCAACCAACGCUUCAAAGACGUCAGCGAAUGCAUUGGCGAAUGGCUCCUCGAUAACAAACCGGAAAUCUCACUUAAAGAUAGCAUCAAAGACUUGCAAGAGACAUUUAUGGAAAACAUCGAGAAGGUGAACUCUACUAUUCAGAGCUACUGGAAUCAAGACAAGGCCGAUUCAGAAAAGAAAGGGGAAAUUGAGAAAGUAAAGUCUGGUUUAAAAGUUCUGGAAGAGAAAUUUGAAUCUGGAGUUCAAGAUUUGAACAACGGAGUGCGGAACCUGGCCGUGUUGAAGCAGACCCGUGACGACGCCAGCACCACCACCGCCAAGCCCUCUGGGAUACAAUUCCCCGGCUUCGUGACGGGUUUCUGGUCUUCUGUGACGAACGGUUUCAGUAACGUCACGAACCAGAUCCAGAAUAUAAUCGGGCAGGGCAACAACAACGCGACCGGGGCCUCGGGCGUGCAGUCCGACGAGACCUCCGCCGCCACGUCGAAGCCGACCGUGUUCCAAGCGAUUCAGAAUCAGAUCCAAGGUAUCUUCCAGGGCAGGCCGCAGGGCGCUCAGAGCGACGAGCAGCCGGCCGGCCAGACCGGACCAUUCGCACAAGUGAUUCAAAACGUGCCUCUACUACAGAAUUUUGUCAACUUUAUCCAACCGAAGCCGCAAUCCAAUGAGCCUGGCAAACCGGCGCAAAGCACAAACAGCGAAGGAAGCAACGUCGUUCCGGCCGAGCCUGCCAAGCCGACCGACCAGCAACAGAAGAAACCUGACGAAACACCCGCGCCCGCGCCCGCCCCCGCUCCCGCUUCCCAGGGCCCCAUCCAGCAGAUCAUCCAGAGGAACCCCAUCGUCCAGGGCAUCGCUGGCGCCGUCCAGAGAAUUCAGCAUACCAUCAAUAACCCUGAAAAGCCUAGAGAGGAGGCAACGGAAGAGAAAGGCGACGUGAAGGCGGGGUUCUUCCCGUACUAUGGCCACGGACACAAACCACAUAGGCCAUCGGACGUGGCCGCUUGGCAGGCGUUCGUAACCGGUCUGAUAGGGUCCAUAGGCGCCACGAUCAACGGGACCGCGACCACCAUCUCGAUGGCGGUCAACAGCGCUAUCAACACGCUGGGUAGCAACAUUGAGAGCAUAAUAUCGUCGACAACGGGGUAAAGAGCGCUCCCGUCGAGGCCGAGAAGCCGGUCGACGCCA